CACACAUUGAGACCCAUCAGUGAAGUUGUUCCUUCAUAUAAGGUAGGACAAAUCUCUCUUGUUUCAUAUGUAAAGACCAAUUAAUCAUAAACACAGAUAUCAUCACAUUCAUGCACUCAGUAUUUCUCUCUGCUGUUUUACUCAACUUCAUAUGACAUAAACUCUUCUCCGAUUUGUUCUGUGUUUGUGUACUAAAGUGUAGUCACUGGGUAAGAGAUCAAAAUCCUACUGUUGAAAAAGUGUAUUUUAUUUUUAAUCAGGUUGUGUUUGAUUUAUGUUUGCUUUUAAUUUCUGAAUCAAUUCAGUGUGAGAUAUACACAAAACACAGCACUGUAUGAUCACUGUAUUCUCUUCUCUUCACUGUAAUCUGGUGUUUUAUAUAUUUGUAUUUCGUUCAAUUCUAGGAGCUCAAUACAGCACUGAAGUCCUUAGGAGAAACUUCAACACAAUAAAAAACAUUAAAGAAGAGUUUGAGAAAACAGUUCAACACAUUAAGUCUCAAGCUGAGCACACAGAGCGUCAGAUUAAACAGCAGUUUGAGAAGCUUCAUCAGUUUCUCAGAGAUGAAGAAGAAGCUACAAUCACUGCACUGAGAGAGGAAAAGGAGAGGAAGAAACAGAUGAUGAAGGAGAAGCUGGAGGAGAUGAACAGACACAUCUCAGCUCUUUCACACACAAUUAAAGACAUGGAGGAGAUGAUGAAAGCCAGUGACGUCUGCUUUCUGAAGGAGUUUCCAGUCACGAUGGAAAGAGUCCAGAACUCAUCACAGCCGGAUCCACAGAUGCCUUCUGGAGCUUUGAUUCAUGUGCCGCGUUACUUGGGCAACCUGCCCUUCAGAGUCUGGAAGAAGAUGCAGGACAUCGUCCAAAACAGUGAGUCUGGAGAAGAUCUGUGCUGUUACACACACACUGGAAAUGACGCAUGAGGGAAUAUUUACAGAUUUCAGCAUUAUGUGUGAAUAACCAGAUGAGCUGAUACACCAAAAUGAGCCCAAAACAAGAGAAGAACAACUUUGGUCCACAUGAUAUUUACAGUUACAGUGAUACAGCAGAUCUC